CAGAGGUGUGUGUGUGAGAGAGGGAAAGGGUCAGAUGCCAUACAUGUGGGAGGUGUGUGUGUGAGUGUGAGCUGCCAGAGAUGUGGGAGGUAUGUGUGAGAUAAAGUGUGAGAUGCCAGAGAUGGUGGCAGGUGUGUGUGAGAGACUGUGGGGUGUCAGGAUCACGUUGGUGAGUAUGCGAGGCUGCAGUCGGUGUGUCUGUCGUAGUGCAGGUGUCUGGGUGUGAGAGAGGGCACUGUGUACUGGGUGUGUGUGAGAUGGGUGCGGUGCAGCUACAGGGUGAGAGACCAGGGUGUGUGUGUGUGGUAGGAGAAAGAAAACCUCUGGCCCAGUUUGGCCACAUGGAGGCCACGUCCUCAGACGGACAGUUAAUACCCAUCCUAACUGCGGUUCAGCCUGCCCGGGAAAUGGAGUUUUCACUGGGGAGUCAAGAAUUUUCUGGGCGGCUCUAGUGAGGUCACAGGUCACGUGGGCCUUCAUCCCCGAAAGCAAGCCGAAGUGACCUGUGCACGACCCCUCACAUUCCUGCUAAAGGGAAGUUACUGUGCCCGAAACAGUCCUGUCCUUUCUUUCGCUGGCUUCUUGCCCCACCGCCUUUCUAGAAAAAUGAAUGUUUCGUGCAGCUCCUUGGAGCCCCUCUGCUUGCAGGGUGGGCGGCAGCCCUGUUCUGGAACUGACGAGUAGAGCCAAUUAGAUGUUUAAAUUUUCCUCAGUUGGAUUUUGUUCUUGAGCAGUUUUUAUGUGUGACAGAAAUCCCGACCACAGAUGACACUGAGAAUGUGCGUGCGUGUGUGUGUGUGUGUUUGUGAGUGUGAAGUGUGAGGGGCUAUUGUGUUUGUUUGUGUGACAGAGAGGAAAGCUGGAGACGUGCUUUUGUGUGAGACCAGAGCGAGCAGGACAGAGACCAUGGAGACUGCAGAUUGUCCCCCGAAGGCUUGCAGGUAUAGCCUCGGUUAGGCUGCGGAGUGUGCUCGCGUGAGCAAGACAGAGAGGAGGGCGCAUUGAGCCGUGGUAUGUGUAAGAGAGUAAGUUUGGGGGUGUGUGUGAUGUUUGUGUUUCACCCUGUGUGUUUGUGCACAGGCCUCCGAGACCAUGGUGAGUGUGACUGAGUGUGAUGUGGCUUCCUUUAGGUGCUUGGGAUGAUGUCCUCUGUGGUCAGGAGGUCGACAAGAUCUUAGGCCAGUGUUUGUGUGUCACACCGUGUGCUUGUAGCUGGCCCAGAGUGCCGGGUGUGUAUGGGGACACUACUUGGAAGACCGAUAGCACCAGCUUCUUGGUGUAUGUUGGUUUUCGGUGUUGUGUGUUGCUGAGGACACUGCUGUUCUCCAGGAGAGAAGUCAGCGAGGAAGGCUGGAAAUGACUGUUGAACUAGUUAAAGCCAUAUCCCAGGACUUGGUUACGUUCAAGGAUGUGGCAAUAGACUUUUCCCAGGAGGAGUGGGAAUGGCUGAACCCUGCUCAGAGGAAUUUGUACAAGAAUAUGAUGUUGGAGAACUAUCAGAACCUGGUAUCACUGGGUCUUUGCAUCUCUAAGCCAUAUGUGAUCUCCUUAUUGGAGCAAGGGAAAGAGCCUUGGGAGAUGAAGACAGAGAUGACAAGAAGCCCAUUCCCAGAUUCGGGAUCUAUAUAUGAGACACAAGAAUUAUUUCUGAAGCAGUUCAUGUAUGAUGAUGUGUUAAUGGAGAGAAUAACAGACUAUGGACUUGAGUGUUUUACUUACAGAGAAAAUUGGAAAUGUGAAAGUCUUUUUGAGAGGCAGUUGGUAAGUCAAGAUGCAUUUAUUGGGCAAAAAGUAACCACUUAUGAGAAAACCCUUACUAAGGAAAUAGAUCACAAUUAUAACAAGACUGGGAAAUUUGUCUAUCUAGGCAACGUAGAAGAAAAUGUUUAUAAUCACAAGUCAGAUAAGAAAAGCUUUUCCCAAAAUUCCAUGGUAGUGAAACACAAGAAAGUCUAUGCAGGAAAGAAACUUUUUAAGUGUCAUGAAUGUGAAAAAACCUUUACCCACAGCUCCUCCCUUACUGUUCAUCAGAGAAUUCAUACUGGUGAAAAACCAUAUGAAUGUAAAGAAUGUGGGAAAGCCUUCAACCAGAGUCAGCACCUUGUUCAACAUCACAGAAUACAUACUGGUGAGAAACUCUUUGAAUGUAAAGAAUGUAGGAAAGCCUUCAGCCAAAAUGUGCACCUUAUUCAACAUCAAAGAAUUCAUACUGGAGAAAAACCGUAUAAGUGUAUGGAAUGUAGAAAAGCCUUCAGCCAGCCUGCACACCUUGCUCAGCACCAGAGAAUUCAUACUGGGGAGAAGCCCUAUGAAUGUAAGGAAUGUGGGAAAGCCUUCAGUGAUGGCUCAUCCUUUGCCCGACAUCAGAGAUGUCACACUGACAAAAGACCCUAUGAAUGUAUUGAAUGUGAGAAAGCCUUCAGGCAGAACACAUCCCUUAUUCGUCACUGGAGGUAUUAUCAUACUGGAGAGAAACCUUUUGAUUGCAUCGAUUGUGGGAAAGCCUUCAGUGAUCACAUAGGCCUUAUUCAGCAUAGGAGAAUUCAUACUGGAGAGAAACCAUAUAAAUGUAAAGUGUGUGGGAAAACCUUCAGUUAUGGCUCAUCCCUUACUGUCCAUCAAAGAAUUCACACAGGAGAGAAGCCUUAUGAGUGCGUUGUCUGUGGGAAGGCCUUCAGCCAUCAUGCUUCACUCACACAACAUCAACGAGUGCAUUCUGGAGAGAAACCUUAUGAAUGCAAGGAAUGUGGGAAAGCCUUUAGACAGAGUAUACACCUUGCUAGUCAUUUGAGAAUUCAUACUGGCGAAAAACCCUAUGAAUGUAAAGAAUGUGGAAAAGCGUUUAGCAUCAGUUCACAGCUGGCUACUCAUCAGAGAAUUCAUACUGGAGAGAAACCUUAUGGAUGUAAGGAAUGUGGUAAAGCUUUCAACCAGAGGGCACACCUUGCCCAGCAUCAUAAAAUUCAUACAGGAGAGAAACCUUAUGAGUGUAACGAAUGUGGUAAAGCCUUCAGCCAGACUACCCGCCUUAUUCAACAUCAGAGAGUUCAUACUGGAGAGAAACCCUAUAAAUGUAGCGAAUGUGGAAAGGCUUUUAGCGAUAGCUCAUCCCGUUCUCAGCAUCGGAGACUCCAUACUGGCCAAAGGCCCUAUGGAUGUGUUGAAUGUGAGAAGGCAUUUAGAACAAAAUCAUCCCUUAUUUGUCAUCAAAGAUGUCAUACUGGGGAGAAACCUUAUGAAUGUAGUGUGUGUGGUAAAGCCUUUAGCCAUCGUCAGUCCCUUACUGUUCAUCAGAGAAUUCAUUCCGGAGAAAAACCAUAUGAAUGUCAGGAAUGUGGGAAAACCUUCAGCCAGAUUGGACACCUUAAUCUACAUAGAAGAAUUCAUACCGGAGAGAGAUCUUAUGAAUGUAAAGAAUGUGGAAAAGUCUUCAGACAAAGCGCGCACCUUAGUCAUCAUCAGAAAGUUCACUCUGCAGAGUCGUCUCAGGCCUCCAGCUCUUCCUCACCCCAUAUGUCACCAAGCCCCGUAGAUAUAUCUGCUAGAUAUUUUUGGAAUUCAUCCACUCCUUUCAAUUCUCAUUGUCCUACUCCCAAACACAGUCAUUUCUCCUGGACUGUUCCAAUAUAAAAACUGGUCCUACAUCCUGUGUUCUUCCCUUCAAGUUCGUUCUUCACACAACUGCCAUGGUGGUCUUUUAAACAUGUAAAUGUAAUUAAACUACUCUCUUAAAACCCUGGUUAGGAAAUUUAAACUAUUUGAUGCCUAUAAAGUGCUUAGCAUAGUGCCUGACCCAGACUAAGUGCUUGAUAAAUGUUAAGUCAGUGUCAUUCAGAGUCUGUUUAAAAAUUAUUUUUAAAGAGUGAACUCUGGAAAGCAGUAUAUCAGUACUGGGAGAGUAUAAUAAUUUUGGAACUGAAACUACAUCUUAAGGUGGAUAAUGAGGAUUAGCAUGUGUAGUAUUUUUAAAGUUUGACAUCAGAAUAACAUAGUGGCUUUCUUGUGAUUCCAAGGCUGUAUGUCUUUGUUGCUGCAGAAAUUGAGUGUGACCUGGUACAUAGAAUAUGUUUUAGGAAGUAUCUAAAGCUCUGGAUAAGACUGAAACAAAAGAAUUAGAAUUUAUUGGGAAGAAUAUAAGACUAUAGUUAAUUAAGGCAAAGAAAUAAAAAUUCCUUAUUAUUUAAAACUGAAGCAAUAGAGAACUGGAAUAGUUUACCCCUAUUUUAAGACACCUGGAUUUACAGAUUAAUUCUAAGCUUUCAAGGAACCACUAAUCACACUGUUGUAGAGUGUAAAGCAUAAAACUAAUUAAACAUAGUUAAAACAUAAUACUUUGUAGUAUUUGGAAUACUUCUUUCAUGAGGCUAAUUUAGUUCUGAUAUCAACCCCCCCAAAAUGAAAUGGUAGUUCUGUGUAGAAAGGAAAUUAUUAAUCUCUGCUGAAGAACAACAGAGGUUCUGAAUAAAUGGAGAGCCACACAUGUUUCUAGAUAGAAGUUUCAAUAUUGUAAAGAUGUCUACAUUCUCCUAAUUCCAGUCAUGAUAACUGUAGGAUAUUUUUACAUUGACAGUUUGGUCUGAAAAUCACGUGGAGUGUUAAGUGGGUAAGCAUAAUAGGAAAUUUUUGGAAAAGAUGAUAUGCCCAUGAAUUCAGUGUAUUGCAAAAGUAGUAUUUUUUUGUUUCUAUUUAUUUUUAAGUAAUCUCAAAAUCCAGUGUAGGGCUUGAAUUCACAUCCCCAAGAUCAAGAGUCAUAUGUUCCUCUGACUGAGCCAGCCAGGUGUUCCACAAAAGUGGUAUUUUUGAUAUAUCAGUGGGGGAGAUGGAUUACUUAAAUGGUGUUUGACAGUUAGUUAUCCACCUAGAAGUAAAAGCAGAGCUACAUUUUACUCCUUACAGAGAAGUUCCCUGAAUCUGGAUUAAAGAUGUAAUAGAAAACACAAAAUUCUAGAAGAGACUAUAGAAUAUUUGUAUCCCUUUGAGUUUGGGAAGACUUGGUGGACACAGUCUAGAAGCCAUGAAGAGAGUGACAGGAAGGAGCAUGUAGAAGAUUUAAACCUUUUGCAUGGUAUAAGGCACUAUUGCAAAGUUAAAAGGCACAUGAUAGGCAGGGAGAAAUUUUUAAAAUAUACAUAUUACAUACUUCUAAAAAGUGCUCUUGAAAAGCAGCAAGGAUAAGAUACAGUUUGAAAAUCACACCAACAAGCAACUCACAGUUACAGAAUAUGAAAUUGUCAAAUAAAAUAGAAGUUCCUAACUACAAUAAUGAUCCGAUAAAUUAAAAAUUUAAAAAGUCCUUGUCAUUAACAUAAAUCAGCACAAAUUUUAUGGAUAGUAUCUAGUACUGUUGCAGAUGUGAGAAAUAUAUUUUUGUACAUUGGGAAGAUAAAUCUUUUAAAAGCCAUUUUAGAAGCUAAUGUGUUACCUGUCAACAUUUUAAAUGUAAUCACUUUGCUGCAAUUCUAAAUCUCGGAGUUUAUCUUCUUGAAAAGCACAAGCGCAGAAAUAUAGAUGCGUAAGCACAUUUAUUAUAGAAAUGCAAGAAAUUUGGAGCAGCUUAAAUGUCUAGCACUAGUAAGCUAGUUAAUCAAUUAAAUUAUAGAAAAUUCAGUAGAUUACACACUCACUGAAAAGAAUGAGGUAGAUUUUCGUACUCACAGAAAGACAUAAUGUACUAACUGAUGGUGUAAUUUUCAUAAUGAUAAUAUGAUUGUAUGGUUAUACAUAUCAGAAAUUUAUAAAGUUAAAAUUAGGAAAAUACAAACAUAUCAGCUAUUUUGUUUUUGUCUACAAUACAAAUUGAAAAUAUGCACACAGAGAUACACAUAGACUUUUCCUCUGGGCUGCUCUGAUGUCGUUUGGUGAGGUUUUGUGUUGUCAGUUGUACCUGGUUCCCUUUAAUCCAAUCAGAAACUCUCUCCUCAGGACACAGGAGGAGGCUGUAAAUGAGUCCUCCUUUGUCCACAACUUAGGAUACUGCCAGCGCUUCUGCUGCUCUGCUCACUGCAGAAAACAGGUCUCUCAUUCUUCCCAAGUUGGGUCUUAUUAUUAUCUUGUGUCCACUUUAAAAUGAGAUUAAGUUUUUUUGCUGUCAACCAAAGAAACCUAACCAAUGCAGAGAUUGGUAUCCUUGAAGGGAUUUCAGGCAAAACAUCCUGAGAAAAGGUGGAUUAGUAUUAAAAUAAAAAAUGUGGUUAUUGGAUGAAACGGAGCAAAGGAUUAUAGGGUUCCUCUUCGUGUUUUGUGCCAUCCAAGUAGCAUGCUUUAAUAGCGACAGUAAAACAGCUAAUCAGCUGUGGUUGAGAUAAUUUUUAGACCAGUCAGAGAGACAAGAAAUGCCAGUCCAAGGGGUUUGUAUGAUGCUUGUUCAUAAUGGAAUUGGAAAAUAUAAAGCAAAAGCAAUAAUGACUUUUUAAAAUUUUUGCUUUAAAGCAUGGACUAGAACACCCAGCCAUUUUGGUAACAUGAUUAAAAGAAGCUCUGUAGCUCUGUGAUUGUUAAAUAUCAAAGAAUGAGCUACAAUGCCAAGUGAAUUCACAAUUUUGGCAGAUUUCUUAAGUAACUUGUUUGACAUUAAAGGACAUCUUUGAUAUCCUGGUUACUGGAAUGAGGAUUUGUGGCAGAAUUUGGGGAUUUUAAAACUCUUAAGCCCAUAAGAAAUCUUAAGAAACCAUGCCAACUAAUUAUCCUUUGUCUGAGAUAACUGGGAAUGAAGGUUAAAGGUUAGCCUCUUUCCCUUGUAGCUCACCAACACUAUGGCUUCUUUGAUUUAAAAAAGAAAGAAAGAAAAUCUGAUUCUAAAGUAGCCUAGAGGUUGAUAUAGGAGGUUAGGGAAGGGUUGAGAGACUCUGCCAAGUAUCAACAUUUAUAUCAGAUUCAAGAAAAUGGCUGCAAAAAUGGGUUUUCAUAGGGCUUGACCUCAGAUACUAGAUUAUAAAAUUUUGAACUGGGCUGAAUUUACACUAUACACACAGGGUAUUAGAUAUUUGAUGUGCUAAUCUGUGCAGUUUAUUGCUUUUCUCAUAAUUUUCUGGGUAGAUUCAUGCAAAUCUCAUAAGGCCAGACUGAAACUAAAUGAUGUUUAAAGCACAGAAAUGACCUUGCCUGAUAUACAGGAAGGAACCAGAAAAUUUGGGAUGCUGACCUUGCUUUCUCAUGUCUGAGUUUCUUGCUUGCCUUGUCAUUAGGCUUCCUGAGAGAGGGCCAAAAUGCCUUUCCUUGAACCUGUGCCAUGAAGAAAGCAACACUACCUUUAGAGAGUACUUUACUUGCCAGCCUUAGGAUGUUUGGCAUGCUGGGAAGGGGGGCUGCUCUUGGAAAGGGAUUUCUGAUCUCCAGCAAGGGUAGCUGCCCAGGGAAUGCUGAGCCCUAGCAGCAACUCUCCAGAAGCAAAGUUGAUUUUGUGGUGCACUUGGGCAGGCUCGUUCUGGCUUGUAAGAGUUGUUAUAUUUUUAGAGAUUUUUUGAACUGGUUACUAAAAGGUAUAUAUGUAUGUGUGUAUAGAAAUACAUACAUGUUUGUACUGGGUAAUAUGUAACCUGUAUGUAUUAUAUACAUAUGUUUAUAGGUUAUUGUCUAAAUUUUUACUAUAACCAAUAAGUUGUAUUAAACACAGACAAUAGUUUGGAAACUGAGUUUUGAGCAUUUGCUAUAUUUUAUUUAUGACUAACGUUUGCAGAGGGGAACAUACCACAUAAUUGUUGCUACUUUGCUUCUCUUCCCAACUCUGCAUUCGGUGACAACAUGUUAGCAACUUUGACUCAAAUAUGAUGGGAAUCUUUAACAGCAUGCACCACAAAUCAAGGCUGGUUGACUUUAAAAGUUGACAGUGAAAAUGUUAGUAAAUCAGGUUACUAACCUGUACGUUGUGUCAUGUCUGUACAUUGUGAAUUAUGCAAAAAGUAGAGGAAAUAUUCCUCUAGUACUCAAAAGCUAUUACUUAGCAAAGAGCUCAU